GGAUACAACCUAGUGGGAGGAGUUGCCUUUUCUAUUGGAACUUUUAUGAACUAGGUGCUCUGCUUAUUGACAUUAUUUGGAACAUAAACUUAAUCCGUUUGACCCAACCAAAAACACGAAUCACAAUGAAUUUACUUAUUUCAUUUUUCUUUGCCACCAUUGUGAAUAUUCAAGGGGCAGAUUGGUGCUACCAGUCCCAGGUUACAUGCGGUGGCAACUGCACAGGACCUGAUGGUUGGGCAACGGUUGCUGGGACAUGUGACGGAAGAGCCCAGUCUCCAAUUAACAUUGUGACGAGAAGAACCCUGCCAGACGGACGCCUUACACCAUUCACAUUCACUGGGUACCAAGAGGCCUUCCACGGUUUCAUCACAAACAAUGGUCACACUGUUCAAGUGGACCUGCCUGCCACAGCGAAGGUUCAAGGUGGAGAUCUGGCGGUGCCAUAUAAGGCAGUACAGCUCCACCUGCACUGGGGCAAGGAUGGAGGCCCUGGAUCAGAGCACACUAUUGAUGGAGAACAAUAUCCCAUGGAGCUGCAUAUUGUUAAUAUAAAAGAGGAAUACAACUCUUUGGCUGAAGCUCUGCAAGACACUGCAGGGGUUGGAGUUCUUGGAUUCUUUUAUGAGGAAUCAAGAAGCUCCAACAAAAAAUAUGACGCCAUUGUAAAUGCUCUGAACACUAUCAAACAUCCCAGCUCAAACACUACCCUUAGUGAAGUGUCCCUGGACAUGCUCAUCCCCUCUCGGAGUAAUAUGACCAGCUACUUCCGCUACAAUGGCUCUCUCACCACACCCGCCUGUGUAGAAUCUGUCGUCUGGACAAUGUUCGAAAAUACCAUUCCUCUCAGCAGGCAACAGCUUGCUGCAUUUUCUCAGCUUCAGUUUGCUGAUGGAAAGCCUAUGGUGGGAACCUAUCGCCCAGUCCAGCCGUUGAAUGGUCGCCAGGUGUAUCGCUCUGGAAGUCAGGUUGUCUUAGUCAGCACUCUGCUACUCAUCACCUCUGUGAUAUCAGCCAUUGGACUCCCACUGCCCAAUUAAAUACCAGGAUCUUUGGAUUUGGGUAUCAGUGAAUUAGAGAGUGCCUGAUAUUGCCAAAAUCUCAAAUGCUUAUAUUUCGCUUUGCUAUGCAGAUGUUCUUUCAGGUUGACUUUACUUGCCAAAUUGUAGUUGAUACAGUUUAUUCAAGGGGGUAAUGUGUUUAAGGACACAGCAUAAAUAAUGCACCAAGACAUUUUAUAUUUUUAUUGUUUAUGUGUAAAAUAAUACUUGAGAGGGCAUUGAUCCAAGCAUUGUUUUGACCCUCUUAUUACCUUCUUCAUAUCAUUAUUGUUAAUAUUUAGUUAACCUCACAAACGUCCUAUUGUCAUUGAACGGUCAAUGUCAUUAUAUGACCUGUGCUUUCCACAGAACCAGCAACACAACUGGUGAGAAUCAGUAUCUAUAUUGUCCGGUAACAAACCACAUCCAUGUAUUUUUUAUAUAAAUAAAAUCAAAUUGUAUUGGUCACAUACAUAUGAUUAGCAGAUGUUAUUGUGGGUGUAGCGAAAUGCUUGUGCUGCUAGCUCUGACAGUGCAGUAAUAUCUAAAAAGUCAUAUCUAACUAAUUACACGACAUAUACCCAAUACACACAAAUCUAAGUAGGAAUUAAGACUAUAUACAUAUAGACGAGGGAUGUCAAAGCGGAAUGGACUGUAGAAUAGUAUAGAGAUGAGUAAUGCAAAAUGCAGUAUGUAAACAUUAUCAGGUGAAUGAGAUACUGUAGAAUAGGAUAGAAAAAGUAUAUACAUAUGAGAUGAGUAAUGCCAGAUAUGUAAACAUUAAGUGGCUAAGAUACCGUAGAAUAGUAUAGAAUACAGCAUAUCCAUAAGAGAAGAAUAAUGCCAGAUAUGUAAAUAUUAUUAAAGUGACUAGUGCUCCAUUAUUAAAGUGGCCAGUUAUUUCUAGUCUAUGCCUAUAGGCAGCAGCCUCUAAUGUGCUAGUGAUGGCUGUUUAACAGUCAGAUGGCAUUGGGGCGGCAGGUAACCUAGUGGUUAGAGCAUUGGACUAGCAACCGGAAGGUUGCAAGAUUGAAUCCCCGAGCUGACAAGCUAAAAAUUUGCCGUUCUGCUCCUGAACAAGGCAAUUAACCCACUGUUCCUAGGCCAUCAUUGAAAAUAAGAUUUUUUUCAUAACUGACUUGCCUAGUUAAAUGAAGUUAAAAUAAAAAUAGAAGCUGUUUUUCUAGUCUCUCGGUCCCAGCUAUAAGGUGUACCAAUUCAGUUAAAGCUAUAAAGCUAACAACAUAGUGUUUUUUCUUCACUUUAUUCACACUAUAACUAAGAACAGUGGCACAGUGGUCUAAGUCACUGCAUCUCAGUGCAAGAGGCGUCACUACAGUCCCUAGUUUGAAUCCAGGCUGUAUCACAUCCGGCUGUGAUUGGGAGUCCCAUAGGGCGGCGCCCAAUUGGUCAAGCGUUGUCCGAGUUUGGCCGUCAUUGUAAAUAAGAAUUUGUUUUUAACUGGCUUGCCUGUUUAAAGAAAGGUAAAUAAAAAUAAGAAAAAAAGGCUA